AAUAUUUAGGGGAAGAACUGUCCCGUAUGAUAUACGCCAUCUGGCAGAAAAUAGAAGAACUAAAUUCGGUCACAAAAUACCAAUACCAUAUUUUUCCCUUCAAAUAUCCUCUUUCAUCAUGACAUCUGUAGAUCUCUUUGUGGGCAAUAACACUCUUAUUGAUCCUGAGUUAUACAGCCUAUGGUUAAAUGGCCAUUCAGUUCAAGAUGCAGCAGCACAACUCAAGAAACGUGGCAUACUCCAAGAGUACCACGUCACUCACGACGUCCUCAUCAGUGAUGUUCAGGACCACUAUCGCACAUUCAGCAUGCUGGAGCGAUGGUUACACUCACCUCCAAAGCUUAUUGAACAGAUGAUGUUCCAGUUAGAUCCAGAUAUCCGGAAAAUGUUAAUUGAAAAGUACUAUGAGUUUGAUCCACUGGUUGUGAGAGAGUUACUCGGAAAGAAGCUGACAUCAAAACAGAGGAAGGAUUUAGAUGACGUCAGUGAAAAGACGAAGGUUCUUUUGAGGAGUUGUCGACGACAGUUUGACAAUGUAAAGAGAGUGUUCAAGACUGUGGAAGACAUGAUGGGAUCCUUGGAGGAGAACAUCAAGAACAGAUUCCUCCUCUCUGAUGUCCUUGCCAAAAAAUAUGCUGCCAUUGUGUUCCUUGCCAACAACCGUUUUGAAACUGGGAAGAAAAAGCUGUUCUACCUGCAGUUUGAUGACUUUGCUUUUUGUGCCAAUACCAUGAUCACAAACUGGUCUUACAGUUCUGUAGACUGCAAAGACCAUGCUGAUAUGGAUGUGGACUUCGAUGUAAAAUUCUUCCAUUCCCUCCGAGAAUUAAAAGUUUUAGCAGAAAAAGAUGCUUUAGAUGAGCAUAGAAACCUUGUCUGCCAACAGCUUAAGCCACAACUUCGAGACAAAGUGAGUGCGGAUCUUGAGUCAAAUUUCAAAAAUAUGUCACGUUUCAUAAUCACAAUAGCAACAAAUCUGAUCCACACAAAAGAAGUAAGAGAUUUCUUUGUUGAUAUUAUAGACAAGUUAAUAGAACCAUUACGACAAAGUGGUUGGGAUUACCGAGAUGUGAGUUUAUUCCUUGACACAUACGCAGAUGCAUGUAGACACAUGGAUGCAAUUGUUCGGCACAAUCCACCGCUACUUAAGACAUGGGAUCGUUACAUCAAGACAGUCAAAGUGUGUGUCCUUCGGAUGUACCAUACGUAAAUCAAGGACAUUUAUCAGAGCUUCCUCAAGAAUUCCCUCAUGAGUAGUUUAAUUCUAGUCAGCGUACCAUAAUAGGAGACACAAUAAAAAUAUAAAAGUCCUUGAGGAAAUCCAUUGCUUCGAUCCGAAUUGAAGAUCUGUUGUGUUGCAGAUUUUUUGAGCAAAUUAAAGAUUUAAUAUGGUGCCAUUGUUUGUAUUGUUAUUACAUGUUCAACAAUAAACUCGUAAAUAUAUACUUGAA